UACUACAGUUCAUAAUAAUAUUUUUUUUUCAUCCUAAAUGCAAUAAACUUAUUAGGACAUCAUUAAAAAAAUAGAAAAAUAAAAGAUUAUUAGGACAUCAUAGCUUACCUGCUUUUAGAAUGUGGAAGACAUUAUAGACUAUAGUGGCCCUGAAAUCACACCUGAUGAAAUGUUCCACUAAAUUUUUCUUAUUGCUCGAACACCUAAUGCUAACUCAUUUUUCUACUUAUUUUUUGCAAUAAAUAUUAUUGUAAUUAGAGUUUUUUCACAUGACAGUGCAAUAACAUAUCAGCAGUCAGUAGUAAAUGAAGUUAGUCGCAGUCGGAUUUCUGAAUAAAUCUCAACUUGUUUUUAUCUUAUUACAGAUGAUUUUCCUUAUCGUUUUUCAACUGAAAUUGAAGUUGAAAUCCAAGUCAUGGCUCACAUCAAAGUUGGCUGUUGCAAUCAUAUCCUCCUCCUUCCAUAAGGUUCGCCACAAAAAAAAAAAUACUCUUUUUAAAUCUUUCUCUAUUUUGAUGAUUAGAUUCCGAAAGAAUUUGGUCAACUUUUAUCUGCACAGCAUAAUGCACACACCACCAAUUCGGAAUAUAUACUGUAAUAUCAUUUCACUUCCCACUUCCAUGACAGGAAAAUAAAGGCUAAAAAGAAAGACAAGAUUUGUUAUAAGCAUAUACACGAUCGUUAUAUAUGGAAAAAUAGUACGUUGCUGCAUAGAUAAGUUCCCUGUUCAAAUCUGAUCCCGUCAUUGGUUUUUUUUUUACAGUUGUAAGAUCGAUGUCAGUACCUUGAUUUUGUGCGUUGAUGAUGUCAUCUUCCAUCUAAAGAAUGGUAAUGUGGCUUUCUAUGACUCGUCGCUUCUUUCGUGGGUGCAUAUGUAAAAAAAGUAACUAAUGACACAUUCCAUCUCGAAUAUGUCAGACAAAGAACGUUCUACUUUCUGAUCUGUUAAAUUUCACAUAAUACAAUUUGAAAAUUUCAUGCAUUACUUUAAUAUUACUGUAAUGCCAUUCCUACACUUUUUCUUGUAGUAGGCAGUAAAAUUAAUAGAAUAAGGCUGCAUCAUUAUCAAUAGAAAAAAUAAAGUGAAGGGAGGUUGGAAUAAGUUUGUUGAAGGAUAAGAUCUACGCUAUGUCACAUAAAUCAAUAGAAUUUAAUUAUUUUUAAUUUAUUUCGAUAUCCACGUGAUUUCGGUCCAACAACCCACAUAUGAAAAUGGAGGCUCCACUCUACUUCAUGCUAAGGUUUAGCUGUGUAGGGCAUGCCUAAAUUAAUAUCAGAUGCCAAAUUAAAGCAAAGUGUGCCACACAUUGGAUAUCUCUUUACACUAAAAGACAAUCUUGAAAUUUCGUCCAUCUCUCACGGUUUCUUUUAGGACAACUAACAAGUAUAAAUAAACGUGCUGGUCUUCCCCAUUAUUUUUUUCUUUCACAUUGAGUAGGAGCACUGUAAAACCAUCUCAAUGGAUCUUGUCUUAAAAGUGCUCUUUGUCCUCUCUUUAGUUGUUAUGGUUUUUUUCGAACCGCUAGUGGAUGCUAGAUAUUGGCACUGGUCUAAUGAAAAAAAAUCCGAUUUUGAGGAUCUUGUGACUGGUCUUCCUGGUCAACCUAGUGUAAAUUUCCGACACUACGCUGGAUUUGUCACGGUAGAUGAAAAAAACGGAAGAUCACUCUUUUACUGGUUUUAUGAAGCCACUUCUCUCCCUGACGAAAAACCUUUAGUUCUUUGGCUAAAUGGAGGUCCCGGUUGCUCCUCUGUGGGAUACGGAGCAACACAAGAGAUUGGGCCUUUCCUCGUCGAUGCUAAUGGGCAUGGCUUAAAAUUUAAUUCUUUCGCUUGGAACACAGAAGCCAACUUAUUGUUCUUGGAAUCUCCAAUUGGUGUUGGCUUUUCAUACUCGAAUACUAGCGGUGAUUAUGAUAAUCUAGGAGAUGACUUUACAGCAAAUGAUGCCUAUGUUUUCCUGCACAAGUGGUUUCUCAAGUUCCCUUCUUAUCGAACCCGCACUUUUUAUAUCGCGGGCGAGAGCUAUGCAGGGAAGUAUGUUCCUGAGCUGGCUGAAGUUAUUCAUGACAAGAACAACAAUCCCUCCUUAUUCAUUGAUCUACGAGGCAUACUGCUGGGAAAUCCCGAGACAUACGAUGCAGAGGACUGGAAAGGAAUGGUGGAUUACGCAUGGAGCCACGCUGUAGUCUCUGACGAAACCCACAAAACCAUCGUCCAAUCAUGCAACUUCUACAACGACGAUACCUGGAGCAACACCGAUUGUACUUCCGGUGUGGAGGAAUUACUUAGCCAGUAUAAAGAGAUAGAUAUAUACAGCCUGUACACUUCCGUCUGUAUAUUCAACUCAUCUUCCUCGCAAGACAAAUCGUCAACUCUAGUCCGAGCCAAGGGCUCGUCCAAGAUGAUGCCGAGGGUGAUGGGUGGGUAUGACCCGUGUUUGGAUGACUACGCAAAAUCGUAUUACAAUCGGCCCGAUGUUCAAAAGGCCCUUCAUGUUGGUGAUGGAACUAGCCUCAGGAAUUGGACCAUCUGCAACAUGACAGUAUUCGAUGGAUGGUCAGAUUCAAAAGGAUCUGUUCUUCCUAUAUAUAAGAAGCUCAUAGCUGCAGGACUUCGAAUAUGGGUAUACAGUGGAGAUACGGAUGGCAGAGUUCCGGUUUUGUCCACAAGAUACAGUUUGAGUUCUUUAGGGCUUCCAAUCAAGAAGGCAUGGAGACCUUGGUACCAUCAGAAACAGGUUGGUGGUUGGGUACAAGAGUACUAUGGGCUUACAUUUGCCACAUUUAGAGGAGCAGGUCAUGCUGUACCGAUAUUCAAACCGAGCGAGUCACUUUCGUUCUUCGCCUCGUUUCUUGUAGGGGAAUCUUUGCCUUCACAGAGAUGAAUUUUAUCAUCCAGUAAUUUUGCUAAAUCCAAUCUGAGCUUCUAUAGUAGUGCUUAAUAUUGUUGUUGUUGCAGAUUAGUAUUAAAUAAGACUUUCUUGGAAUGUAAUUUUUCUCUACAUGGAUUUAUGUAUACAUAUAUAUUUCAGCAUGGACUGAAGUUAACCACAUGGUUGAUUAC